GUCCGCCAUGACGCAGGAGGGCCGCCUCAUUGGUCCGCGCAGUCAGGACUCCGGCAGCUUUUCUCUUGGGUGCUCUGGGCGCCGACCCACUUCUCUUCCUCUAAGUCAGCGCUCCGUUCUUUCUGGUGCCCGGAGCUGCUAGCCCAAAGGGAUCCAGACUGAGCUAGUCCGGGCAUCAUGACAACCCUGGAUGACAAGUUGCUGGGGGAGAAACUGCAGUACUACUACAGCAGCAGUGAGGAUGAGGACAGUGACCAUGAAGACAAGGACAGAGGCAGGGGUGCCCCAGCCAGCAGUUCCAUGCCUGUGGAGGCUGAGCUGGCAGGUGAAGGCAUCUCAGUUAAUACAGGUCCAAAAGGUGUGAUCAAUGACUGGCGCCGCUACAAGCAAUUGGAAACUGAGCAGAGAGAGGAGCAGUGCCGGGAGAUGGAAAGGCUGAUCAAGAAGCUGUCUAUGACCUGCAGGUCCCAUUUGGAUGAAGAAGAGGAGCAACAGAAACAGAAGGACCUCCAGGAAAAGAUCAGUGGGAAGAUGACUCUGAAGGAGUUUGCCAUGAUGAAUGAGGACCAAGAUGAUGAAGAAUUUCUACAGCAGUAUCGGAAACAGAGGAUGGAAGAGAUGCGGCAGCAGCUCCACAAGGGGCCCCAGUUCAAACAGGUUUUUGAAAUCCCUAGUGGAGAAGGGUUUUUAGACAUGAUUGAUAAAGAACAGAAAAGCACCCUCAUCAUGGUCCAUAUUUAUGAGGAUGGCAUUCCAGGGACUGAAGCCAUGAAUGGCUGCAUGAUCUGCCUGGCUGGGGAGUACCCAGCUGUCAAAUUCUGUCGGGUGAAGAGCUCGGUCAUUGGGGCCAGCAGUCGGUUUACCCGGAAUGCCCUUCCUGCCCUGCUGAUCUACAAGGGGGGUGAAUUGAUUGGCAAUUUUGUGCGCAUUACUGACCAGCUGGGGGAAGAUUUCUUUGCUGUGGACCUUGAAGCUUUUCUACAGGAAUUUGGAUUACUCCCUGAAAAGGAAGUCUUGGUGCUGACAUCUGUGCGUAACUCUGCCACCUGUCACAGUGAAGACAGCGAUCUGGAAAUAGAUUGAACGGAUGGUCUAGUUGCAUAGAUUUCUCAUUGUUUGGGCUGGAAGAUACAUGUCUGUGUUUAUUUUUGUUCCUUCUUCGUCUUCUGACUUUUCAGCUGUUCUUUGUAGUCCUUUUAGUUAUCAUAGAAAGUCAAGAAAUUCUUAGAUUAGAUCAGAAUGCUGAAUUACUUUGUGGCUAGCAAUAAAGUGACUUUAAAUUGCAUAAACAGGAAGCUAGGCUUUGAACUGUUUACUUAAGAUUCUCUAGCAUGACAUCUCUGUUAUUGUUUCCAGUCACUAUUUACAUAGCAUUCUAAAGACUGUCCUGGAAAUUGUCUCCUGUUGACUUUGGAGGUCCUGCCAGGUCUGAGAGUAGAAUUCUCUAGUUAGUAUGUUAUUUGCAAUGUAAAUAGUAUAUUUCCUUAAUCAAAUGAUUGCAGUUAUAUUUUCUUGUAAUUAGAUUCCCCCAGAUGCUCUGCUCUUCCAUGGUCUUAUAUAAAGGUUCCAGAUGAGGCUGGGGAUAUAGCUUAGUGGUAGAGCACUUGCCUAGUGGUGCAAAGCCCUGGGUUCUACUCCCAGGGCUUUGUUUUGUACUAUAGAAACACAAUAAACAACCAAAAACCCAAACAGCCCACACAGGUUCUAGAGGAUGUGUGCUUGCCCUGUCAGGAGGGGUGGCCUCUACUGCUAGAGUCAGUGCCCUGCUCAGCACUCUGAAAUCUAGAACAGGAGAAGGGAUUUAUGCUGAAUGCUGUCCUCACGCUGGAAGACAAGCAUCUUCUUUACAAACACUGGAGCUGGGUGGAGCUGGAGAACUUUCAGUGAGGUGCUUUUUCUUGUCUCUGUGUCUCUGUUAUUUAACGAGGUAACUUUUUAUUUACUCUAGAUUUUUUUUAAUAAACUGGUCUUUUUGCAUAUUGAAAAAUAAUUCAUAUUUAAUAGAGGAAAAUUGACCAAAAUGCAGAAAAAAAUCUAAAAAUUAGAAUAAUUUUUAAUUCUAUCAUCUAGAGUAAAGCACUAUUAAUGUUCUGAUAUACUAUAAAUAUUUCUUACUAAAGCAUUUUCUGUGUAUACCUACACAUUUCAUUGAUUUUUUUUUGAAUUAUUGGGAUCAUUCUGAACAUACUCUUUUAUAGUAUGAUCGACUAAUAAUAUAUCAGAUUUAACUUUUUUUUUUUAAUGGCUAUGAUAUUGUAUUGAUGUGCUGUAAUUUGCUUGAGCCAAGAGGAUUGUGAGUUCAAAGCCAGCCUCAGCAAAAGUGAGGUGCUAAGCAACUCAGUGAGACCCUGUUUCUAAAUAAAAUAGAAAAUAAAGUUGGGGAUGUGGCUUAAUGGUUGAGUGCUCCUGAGUUCAAUCCCCCGUAUCCCCGCAGCUCCCCCCCCCAAAAAAAAGCAAACAUUUUUUAAAAAUUAUUAUGAAAGUAGUAGAUAUUUAGUAGAACAUGUGAUAAGAGUUGUUAAGCAAAGGAGAUUUAAAAAGCCAUAUAAUUCUGUUAACCAAAUUAAUCUCUGUUAUUAUUUUUACAGGUUUAUCUUUCUGGUCUUUGUGUUUAUUUAUAAUAAUAGUUGUUAAAGAACAAGUGAAAGUAAAAUUUAAAAAAUGAUUGUUAUUCAAAUUGUUUCCUACUUAAAAUGUAUAUCCUGGCAUCAGGAAAGAUGUAAUCUGGAAUUAAAUAUUAGCUUUAAAAUUCACAGUUUUGGUUUUCCUCAUGAUUCAGGAAUUGACUAACUGUAGAAAAGUCUUCAAAGCAUUUAGUCAACAAAAAGAAUGUGGUCUUUCUGACUAGGGAAGUUCAUUGUAGAAAGUGCGGAAGGUUCAGAAAAUGAUCGGAAGCAGAGACAACUGUUACUAGUGUUCUAGGUUUUUUCGUUCUAGUCUUUUUUUUUCAGUAUUUUUCAUAACACUGAAAGCUUCUUGAAUUUAGUUCUAUGCUCUGCCUUAAUAUUAUAUGAUAAAUACUUUGACAUGUUAUAAAAAUUCUAAAUAAAUAAUUUAUAAUGGCUUCA